UAUGUCCAGGAUGGAGCGACGGUGUUGGUGGUGUUUACUGGUAUUGAGCUGCCUGCUCCAGACUUUCUCAGCCCACAGUGACUUUUACACAUCCAUCGGUGAGGCUCCUCCCUCUCCUAUGAAAUAGAAACCGGUUGUGAGACAGAAGUUUGGUCUGCCCUCAAUGCCCCAAUGAAAUAAAUUAUCUGGCUGUCUAAAAUAUCAAGCACAUACUGUGAUUGUUAUCUACCCGGAAGUUAAAUGAUAUAGUACACAAUGUAUUCCUUAUCACUAUGUGUAUUAUUGGUUUAAAUAAGCUUAAAAUAAAGUUUGAUAAUGUGUGUGUGUAUUUUCCUCCCUUAGGUCACAUGACAGAUCUGUUGUACACAGAGAAAGACUUGGUCACUUCACUGAAGGAUUAUAUCAUGGCAGAGGAGAACAAGCUGAAGCAGGUCAAACAGUGAGUGUCCAGACACACAUGCACGCACGCGCGUACACACACACACUCUCACACACACACACACACACACACACACACACACACACACACACACACACACAAACAGAGUAGCUGAAUUGUGUCUCUUCUCCCAACCCUCUCCUAGGUGGGCAGAGAAGCUGGAUGUGUUGUCAGCCACAGCCGUGCAGGAUCCCGAGGGCUUCCUGGGGCACCCGGUCAACGCCUUCAAACUGAUGAAGAGGCUGAACACAGAAUGGGGAGACCUGGAGAGCCUGGUGCUGAAGGACACCACAGACGGUUAGACAUUAUGACACUAUGAGGGUCACGUUAGAAGGGAUGAAAAGGAUGUUGAAAAGUAGUCACAAAGCAGCAACGACAGAUAAGUGUUGUUAACAUUAGAGAUUUGCUGCAAUGUUUGUUUGUCUGUUGUAUGCUCACAGUGAGCAUCCUCAUGAAUGAGGAUCUCUCUCUUUCUAUCAGGCUUCAUCUCUAACUUGACCCUCCAGAGGAAACACUUCCCUACAGAUGAGGACCAGACAGGCGCAGCCAAGGCGCUGCUCAGACUGCAGGACACCUACAGGCUGGAUACCAACACCAUCUCUACAGGAGACCUGCCAGGUAAGGGGUUAGGGAGUGCUAGAGAGAGAACUUGAGGCCUUUUAUAAUUUGUAAGUUUGAAACCGCUGACUCAUCCACAGGAGUGACGCACAAGAGCCCUAUGACGGCGGAGGACUGCUUUGAGCUGGGGAAGAUUGCCUACACCGAGGUGGACUACUACCACACUGAGCUGUGGAUGGAGCAGGCCCUGAAGCAGCUGGACGAAGGAGAGGAGUCCACCGUGGACAAGGUCACCGUGCUGGACUACCUCAGCUAUGCCAUCUACCAGCAGGGGGAGCUAGGCAGGGCCCUGGAGCUCACCAAGAGGCUGCUCAUACUGGGUGAGUUACCCUAACAUGGCUCAGAAUUAAAGGAGUUAAACUAGGCACACUGGGGGUGGGUGUCAAACUAAGGACACACUAAGACAGUUAAAGGAGUGAAACUGAGAGCACACUGAAGGACCUGAACUGUUAACAAGUGCUAAGGGAAUAUGAUGCCCUCCAGGUGAAUCAUUGAACGACAGCUGCUGUCCUGUAUGCCCAGCAUAAACUGGGAUAGAGGAUUACUCAUAAAAUGUCCCAGAAGGCAGUAGGGUCUGAAGUUAGUGAUCCAGAUAGUGAGUAGCGCUGAGUAUGAAUCUUAAAAAUGAGACAACGUCUUCCUUGUCUUGUUACUGUAUGAGCAUCAGUAUUUCAUCUCACUGUCCCCUCUCUCUCUCUCCUCACUCCAGACCCGGAACACCAGCGUGCCAACGGCAACCUGAAGUACUUUGAGUUUCAACUGAUAAAGCAGAGGAAGGCCCAGGCCGAGGAGGCCCAGAAGGAGGGCAAGGUGCGAACGAAGAGACAGACGAGUGAUGCCUCCAAGAAGAAGAAGCGCUUCAGGGAGCCUGUCCCAGAGAGGAAGAUGUAUGAGAUGCUGUGUCGAGGGGAGGGCAUCAAGCUGGUGAGGAGGAGUUACUCACACACACAGUGAGAGGUUGAGCUCAUAUAAAUGGGUUUAGAGUGUGUGUUAGUGUGGUUGUGCAUAUGUGUGUUAGUUGAACACAAGUUGUAGUUAUCAAAGAGUAAUGUCCAAUUUCUAGCUCUGUCUCUUCUUGUGUCUUUAUCUCUUUAUCUCUAUGUGUCAAUCUAUCUGUCCUCUUACCUCCACCCUCCCCCAUCUCUGCCUUGUAGACCCCCCGCAGACAGAGCCGGCUUUUCUGCCGUUACUAUGACAACCACAGUCACCCCAAGUACCUGUUGAGCCCGGUGAAGCAGGAGGAUGAGUGGGACCGGCCCUACAUCGUCCGUUACCAUGACAUCAUCUCUCACAGCGAGAUCGAGAAGGUCAAAGAGCUGGCCAAGCCCAGGGUGAGUUCCACGCUCUGUCGGGUAUGUGUGUGUUACAUUGAGGUAAUAAGGGUUCAGAAGGGUGUCAUGGCCACACAGAAGUGUGUGAUGGAAGGGUUUCAUGGUUCUACAGAGGUGUAAUUUCUGUGUCUUUGCUCUGGGGUAAUCAAGAUACUCAUACUAGUAACUGUCUGACCAGCUGAAGCUGUGUAUCUGCAGGGUCGAGGCCACUGGAAGGCAGAACGAAUGGGAAAUGUUAAUGCUAAAUAUAAACACUCUUGACACAGUAUGUAUUGAUUGAGUCAAUGAGUGUUGACUUAAAUCAAAGAGCCAUGAAAGUGUAGGUAGGUUGAGCCCUUUAAGCCCAGCCAGAGCAGAGGCUGGGGGGUGGAGGUGAGCGAUGAAGGUGGUGUCAGGGUAUCCUGUAAACACCCUCUCCCUGGCUUACAGCUUCGCCGGGCCACCAUCUCCAACCCCAUCACUGGUGUGCUCGAGACUGCCCCAUACAGAAUCAGCAAGAGGUAAGGCACAGCCAGGUGCAGGCAGCAGGAGAGGAGGGGGUCAAGGGGAGGGGUGGAGCAGGAGGGGGGUACACAUAACCCCUCUCCCCAUUCUCACCGCACCUCAACCCCCUCCUCUUACACCUGCCACUGGCCUAUGCCUCUGAGUCCGGUCCGUAUUCCUCCCUCCCUCCUAGGCUUGAAGACUCCUCUGCAGAAGCACAGAAUCUUACUUUGACUAGACCCUCCUCCACGCUCUCUCUCAGACUAAUUUUCUUAGUCUAACCAUAAGUCAGAUUCUAGAAGAUUCCAGGGGCAUUCUAGAAGUUCAGAGUAUGUAGGAGUGUAGGGCCUGAAUGUGGUGAAAAUGUGUUUCUGCUCAGGAGUUACUGCUGCUCUUGGAUUUUAACCCAGUGGAGGGGGAGGAGGAUAAAACAUAUAGGUGUAAAGAUUAAGUUGUUGAUAUUAACAUAGUUGCUUUUGACCAACUAAGGGUGUGUCAGGAGCAGUCCUUUUCACAAAUCCUCUGUUCCUUUUAUCACUAAUGUAAUCACUAGUUUAGUAUUCUCCUAAACUAGAGAAUAAACCAUUAAGUGAUACUAACCUUGGGUUAAAGGACUGGCCUUGAAACAACCCCUGGCAUAAUGUCGGAAUAACAUUGACCAGAUCUGCUUAUCUCUCCUCUCUCUGUUUCUUUCACUUCCCAUUUCCCUCUACUUAAUCUAUUUGUUUGUUGUGUGUGUUACUCCUCUCUCUCUCUGUCAUUUGUUUAUUUCCUUGUUUUUUCUUGUGCCCGGGGAAACUAGCUAAGGCGUGCCACAGUACAUGACCCCCUAACUGGGAAACUCACCACGGCUCUGUACAGAGUCUCCAAGAGGUAAGGGGUCAAAGGUCAUAAUACAUUAGGGGCUCCAGAGACCCCCCAUCCCCUCUGGUCUCUAUCCAUCCCAUCCCAUCCCAUACCACCCUGACCUGCCCUGCAUCCCCAGGACGUCCUAUCCAGGUUUUGGCAUGUCUUUGAGUCAGUAGGGCCACGUCACCACCUUUUUCUGCAGUGAAUCUAUGCUGCUCUCUUACAAUCAGGUGAAUGAGCUCAUUAUGGCUUCUCUCCUCUUCUUCAUCUGAGGCCACAGUGUUUCUGUGCAGACAGGGCCAAUGACACGUCAAGUUCCAUAUCAGCCGGUCUGAAGCAGUUCCCCUCUCACACACAUCCACAAACACUCUCUCUCUCUCUCUCUCUCUCUCUCUCUCUCUCUCUCUCUCUCUCUCUCUCUCGCUCUCUCGCUCUCUCUCUCUCUGAUGAUUCUGAUGAACAGUGAGUGCCCCCUUGUGGAGAUCUAAUACACCCACAGAACCUCAAUCUAUGGUAAGACUACUAGAUUGUAGGGGAACAUGCCAGUCUUAAGUCAUAGUUACUUAAAAACCUUUUUUAAAAUAGGACCAACCAUUCCACACCCAUACCACCCUACGUCACUUUAUUUUUUCUGUCCCUGCCUAUUACUGUGUAUGAGUGCUUAUUUGUGUGUUUGCUAGAGUGUGUGCAUGUGUCUGCAUGCAAGUAUAUAUGUGUGUGUGUGUCUGUCUGUCUAUGUCUGCGUCUGUGUGUUCAUGUGGAAGUAUGUGCAACUGUGUGUGUGGUGAACUGAGCGUGAACCUCAUUUGAAUUGACCAAGAGGUCAAAGUGGGAGAGCAGUCACAGCAGGGGAGAGAAUUUGUAGGAAGAGAGACUUUUUGACCUAACCACCACUGUAUCAUGUCCAAUUAAUGUUUUACUGUCUUCACUCCCCCAACAGCAACUUCUAAUACAUCACUUUACUCACACACACAUAGACUAACACUAAUCUUAGUUUUGAAUUUGGCUAAUCUUAUAAAGGAAUUUCAGUAUUAAGUAAUACAGAAAGUGUAUUUUAUUGGCUGAGAGAUUCAAUAAUGUAUCUAAUAAAAAGGUAUGGUGUGUGGAGAGCAGAUGUCUGAACCUAUGCCUUUGGCCUGGACCUCAUCCCGAUGCUGUAAACUCAAACUCCAGCCCCCUGGCCUUGAAAACAUUGCGGCCACAACUGCUACAACUCUCACUUCAUGCAGUGUAGGCAAAUCUAUUAAACAAAGAAUCCACCUUAAGAAUGCUAUGUUCUGUGGUUUUACCAUUUUUAUUUGCACACUGUGCCUCGUGGUGCAUGACCCAGAAAAACGACUACAAAAUAAUGUUGUGGUCCAUAAAAUGAGAGAUGUAAGAAAUUGUGAUGUCUUUAUAUGAUAUAUGAUAGAAGUCAUUGCCAUGACCCCCAGUCAGAAUGACUCCCUCCCUAUUGGAGUGGGCAGUUUAGACUACUGGGCCUUGGGGGGUGGUGAAAGGCUGGUAGUGUUCACUAAAAGCAUAAAAAAUACUCUCCUCUGGUGCCCCUUAAGUCAUCAACCAAGCCUAUGUGACCUCCAGAAUUCUCCCAAGCCACAUGAUGACCGCAAACUGAGAGCUUCAACCUAUAGAAGGCAUACGUUCUUGAAAAAUAGAUUAAAAAACACAACUUUAUUUUGUUACUCCUAAACUUCAGACACUCCCACCACUGUAUGCUGAGCUGAUUGGAGACUAUCGGGCCGCUUUCUCCUCUUCCUCUCUCAACGCUCCUCCCACUGCUCAUCUAUCAAAUGCACGUAACGCAUUAACCUGCUGUAGUUUAUAUAUUUCAUCUUCAGCAGUAGCUUGCAGAAUGGUUCGUCAAGUUUCUCUCUCUCCUAUACUGUUCAUCAGUAAUAACUAUUGUACUAUAGUGACUCUACUGCCCCCCUAUGACAAUUCAUAUACCCUGUAUUUGACCUGUUCUCCAUUAACCCCUGUGUCCUUCCCCUGUCCCAGUGCAUGGCUGACAGCAUAUGAACACCCAUUGAUUGACCAGAUCAACCAGCGGAUUGAGGACCUCACAGGACUGGAGAUGGACACUGCAGAAGAGUUGCAGGUACAGUGUGUGUGUUUGUGUCAUUGUUUGGGAUUGUUGACGGUUACAUUUCCAAUAUUAAUGAUCUCACUAUUCUCAUUUUUUUGCUUUGCAGGUUGCAAACUAUGGUGUGGGAGGGCAGUAUGAGCCCCACUUUGACUUUGGACGGGUUAGUAUUGCCCUGCAGCCCUGAUAUAUAAGUGCACAUAUUAUUGCUGUAAGACGUUUUUGGAUUACACAUAGGAUGUGCCAUUUUUGCUCAUAAUGAUCAUGUCAUGAUAACCUAGUUUCUCUCUCUCUCUACAGAAAGAUGAGCCUGAUGCCUUUAAAGAGCUGGGAACUGGAAACCGCAUAGCAACCUGGCUCUUCUAUGUGAGUAUCUCUAUAUGCAUGGGGACUGCUUCCUUCUUUGCCCCCACAUCCCUAAAAUAAAUACAUUAGGUAAGAUUCCAAUAAGAUAAUAGUGGAUGACUAGUUAUUGUUUUCUCGGUUCUAGAUGAGUGAUGUGGCAGCGGGAGGUGCUACAGUAUUCCCAGAUGUGGGUGCUGCAGUAUGGCCGAAAAAGGUGACUAAAUGCUUAUGAGCGUGUGUAUUUGCAGCCUAUGUGUAUGAGCGUAGUUACAUAGUUCCCUGUAACCUCUCUCUGCUGUGUGUGAUGUAUUUCAGGGGACUGCAGUGUUCUGGUAUAACCUGUUUCCCAGUGGAGAGGGAGACUACAGUACGAGACACGCAGCCUGCCCAGUACUGGUGGGCAACAAGUGGGGUGAGUUUGUGUAUCGAAACCACCUAAAUGUAUCUCUGUAAAUGUUUAUGACACUGUUCUAACUACCUUUACAGUCAGUCAUUUACUUUUUUCAGGUAAUCGUUGUUUUGGUCUUCUCCAAGUUAUCUCUGAUAUAUUGUAGACUGUAGUACUGUAGACAUUAUACCAGACCAGGCUAUGGCAGCGAACAUCUUUCUCUAUCUUCUUUGUCACCCUCAGUAUCAAACAAAUGGAUCCAUGAACGAGGGCAGGAGUUCAGACGACCCUGUGGCCUGAAUGAGACUGCA